AAGCACAACUGAAACGAGCGGUGAAACACGAGCGAAUCAGUUACCAUCACACUCCGACAGAGUUCUCUGAAGACAAAAUGGUUGCUCUUGUCGGCGGAGAUAACUCCGUUGACCUCAUCGUAGCUGCACAAGCCGUUCACUACUUCGAUCUCCAACCAUUCUACAACAUAGCCAAACGUGUCCUCCGCAAAGAAGGAGGUUUAAUCGCAGUUUGGGUCUACAACGAUCUAGUUAUCUCCCCUGAAGUCGACGCCAUCAUGAAACGUCUUGUGGACUCCACUUUCCCGUACAGAACUCCCGUUAUGAAUCUUGCGUUUGACGGCUAUAAAACGAUGCCGUUUCCGUUUGAAGGCAUAGGGAUGGGAUCAGAAGGGAAGCCUAUACAGCUUGACAUUCCUCAUAAGCUUUCGCUUAAAGGGUUUAUUGGGUUCUUGAGAUCUUGGCAGCCUGCCAUGAAAGCUAAAGAGAGAGGUGUUGAGCUUGUGACUGAAGAUUUGAUCAAUCAGUUUGAAGAUGCUUGGGGUGAUGAUGAUGAUGUUAAGAAUAUUUUCUACAAAGCUCAUAUGAUCGUUGGAAAACUUUCGGCCGCAGAUAUAGAACGUCAUCGAAAGAGAUUUGAAUCAAACUGUGUGGUUACAAAACUGAAGGAUAGUAACAACUCAGUUGUUAUUGCUUCAGUGACGGCUGCUGCGUUUGCUGGAGUGGCGGCUUACUGUGCCUACUCUGCGAGGAAGAACACUUAAAAUAUAUAUACAUUUUGAUUGACAAGAACCGUUUUAUGAAUAAAAUAUGUUGAAGGCUAUUGCCAAUAACUCUGUUGAGAAUGUAUACAUGUAGUCAUGUAUUUGUGUGUGUAUCAUUGAACGGAACAUUUCUUUUAUAUAUAUCAUCUUCCCAUUUCUGCGUGCUUGAUGCAAACUACUAGGCAAGUCUUUGGGCUGAAAAAGGUAUGGACAAUAUAUCUUACCAUAAGACGAAUGUGAAGAGCCUUCCAGUAUAAGGAUCGGAACUAUAACCAAAUCAAACCUCAAAUCUCUAAAGUUUAUGCAUAAGUUCUCUCUUGUUCUCAGGUUUGAUGUCACCUACGAUGAUCCUCUUGAUCAUGUGUUUCAAACUUCCAAUAUUAAUUGCAUUUUAAAAAAAAAUGGUUAGAGUUAGGGAUUAUUAUACUCUUCCAAUAGAUACUUUGACGUCUACGAUGCCUUAGAGUAGUAAGGUAAUUAGGCCUGGGCACAGG